AUGAGGGUCCUGGUACUUGUAUCGUUGUUUGCGGCGGCGUCCGCCGGCUCCCUACAGACCUAUGGUCUCCCAUCACGUUCUGGAAUAGGUCACACGUUAGGGGCUUCACACGUUUCCAGUGGUGCUGGCUUCUCUGGUGGGUUAGUUACCGGUGGUGCUGGCUUGUCUGGCGGUUUAGUCUCCAGUGGUAUUGGCUUAUCUGGCGGCUCCGGGUUCUCUAGAGACUCUGUUUUUUCUGGUGGUGCAGGAUUCUCUAGAGGUGCAGGAUUCAUUGGUGGGGUAGGCGUUUCUGGUGGCGCUGGACUCAUUGGAGGUGCCUGUGGAAAUGGACAGGUCCGUCAUGUGGAUGGAGGCUGCGUGACUCCUCACGUCACCAGAAACUUGUACGUGUACAGUGCUCCACCACUGGCUCCAGUCGUAGGACCACCACCAAUUGUUCCUCCACCCAAGAUAGAACAAAACGUUUUAUUCAUCCGUUCCCCCGAUGUUGACGUAGCUCAAGAACCCAUUAUUGUUCCACCCCCACAAACGAAAAAUGUUGUGUACGUCCUCAACAAGCGACCUGAACUGGACCAGAAGGUCAUCCACCUCCCAGCACUUGAGCAACAAAGUCCUGAAGUGUUCUUCGUCAACUAUGCCGAAGGUGACAACCCGACUUUGCCCACAGGAGAGGACCUCCAGUCUGCUCUCAGCUCCGCCGCUCAUGGUGGUGGUGAGAUUAUUGGUACUGCUGGUGGCAUUGGAGGCGCCGGAAUCGGCAUUGGAGGUGGCUUUGGAGGCGGAGUUGGUGGUGGCGUUGGAGUCGGCAUUGGAAGCGGUAUCGGAGGUGGCGUUGGAGGUGGCGUCGGAGUCGGCGUUGGAGUUGGUAUUGGAGGGGGCAGCGUUGGUGGGUUUGGAAGUAGUAUUGGUGUAGGAUCUGGCAUAGGCAUUGGAGGAGGAUCUGUGAAACACAGUGGCUUCAGUGUUACCACCCCGUCUAGUCUAUAUGGCGCGCCAUAAACGACACAAGAACACCUUUUUUUUUCUUCAGCAGAGGCUUCCACAUUGCUGGACGGAAUAACUUAUCAGUUUCAUAUGAUUUCCAGCUUUGCAAAUCCUCUUACUCUUCAUAACUUAUAUUUAUUAUAACCAAAUAAUGGAUUUAUAUAGUUCAUGACAAAUUCAGGUAUCUGCCAUUGUAAACCUAGGCUAUAACAAAUAUAUUCUU